AUGUACGGCCUGGCGCGGGCCCUGCGGCGGGCGGCGGCCCCCGGGCGGGCCGGGCGGCUGUCGGCGCCCCGGCGAGGGGGCGGCGGUGCCGGGGCGCGGCCCUGGGGCUGGGGGCUGGCGCUGGGGCUGGCGCUGGGGGUGAAGGUGCCGACGCCGGCGGGCUGCGAGGCUGACGGCGGGCAGGAGGCGGAGGCGAACCCGCUGCCGCCCCCUCGGGGCUUCGGCGCGGCCAUCGAGAGGAGCAGGGACCUGCUGCGGAGGAUUAAGGAUGAAGCAGGAAUCCCAGGUGUACUAGUUGGGGUUUCUGUAGAUGGAAAGGAAGUCUGGUCAGAAGGUUUGGGUUAUGCUGAUGUAGAGAAUCGUGUAGUAUGUAAGCCAGAGACGAUCAUGCGAAUUGCUAGUAUUAGCAAAUGUCUUACAAUGAUGGCUGUUGCUAAAUUGUGGGAAGAGGGGAAACUGGAUUUAGAUGCUCCAGUGCAGAAAUAUGUCCCUGAAUUUCCAGAAAAAGUCUACGAGGGUGAAAAGGUUGCUAUUACUACAAGACUGUUAGUUUCACACUUGAGUGGGAUUCGUCACUAUGAAAAAGAUAUUACAAAAGUAAAGGAAGAAAAGGAAAAGGCAAACAGAGCAUUUAAACUAACAAAACCCUAUCAGGAUAAAGAACAAAAAGAAGGCAAAGGGAUUGAAAAGAUUGAUUCUGUCAAACCGAGAAAAGAACAUGAAGGUGAGGUAAAAAGCCGAAAUUCAAAACCUGGCAGGAGAGACAAGGAAUUUGAGCAAGAAGAGUAUUAUUUGAAGGAAAAAUUUGAAAGCGUGAUUGAAUCACUGAAGAUAUUUAAAAAUGAUCCUUUAUUCUUUAAACCAGGUAGUCAGUUCUUGUAUUCAACAUAUGGCUUUACUCUGUUAAGCGCUGUUGUGGAGAGAGUUUCAGGACAAAAAUUUACAGAUUAUAUGCUAAAAAUGUUUCAUGAUUUGGAUAUGCUGUCAACUGUACUAGAUGACAAUGAAGCAAUGAUAUAUAACAGAGCAAGGUGUUAUGUUUACAACAAAAAGGGACGGCUGGUAAACGCGCCGUAUGUGGACAACUCUUACAAGUGGGCUGGUGGUGGCUUUCUGUCGUCAGUAGGGGACCUUCUGAAAUUUGGAAAUGCCUUGUUGUACAGUUAUCAAGCCGGACAAUUUAAAAACACUAAUGGCAAACUUCUUCCUGGGUACCUCAAACCAGACACAGUUGCAAUGAUGUGGACCCCAGUGCCAAAAACGGAAGUGUCGUGGGACAGGGAUGGUAAAUACGCAAUGGCUUGGGCUGUAGUAGAGAAAAAACAACAAUAUGGCUGUUGCAGACAGCAGAGACACUAUGCAUCUCAUACGGGUGGUGCAGUGGGAGCAAGUAGCGUCCUCCUAAUUCUUCCUGAAGAGCUGGACUCUGAAGCUAUAGAUACUGGGCUAGUGGCACCACCUAGAGGAGUGAUUGUUAGUAUUAUCUGUAAUAUGCAAUCAGUUUCACUCAACAGCACUGCCUUAAAGAUUGCAAGGGAAUUUGAUAAAGAAAAAUGGGCACAAUAUAUAGAUUAAAAAAAGAGAUACGUGUAACUGAACUCACUGUACUGAAACAUGAAAAAGAAAAAAGGAGAAGGGUGAAUUGGACUCUGAGAUCACUAAAAGUACGUGAAGAAAAAGCAUCAAAAAUUCACUUAAUUAACUUCUGCUAGUGGUGCUAAACUUAUGUGUAACUGGAAUUCAUCUCUCAGGGAAGUUCCUAACUUACAGAAAAGGAGAAUGUAACAGUCAAAUUUGACGUCCUGUAGUACCUGUGUAAAUUAUCAUUAUAUUAGCAGGGUUUUUUUGAAUCCAGCCAAGCACUUGACCAAGAUUAAAAAAACUAGCAUUGGUUUCUUGCACGGAGAAGUACAACAAAUUAUCUACCUUAAAUGAUAAGCUUUUGAAAAAUUUCACAUCUUGAUUUGAGCACACAAAGAUGUAAUUUGUUAUUCUCACAGUUCCAGUCUGCCAAAACUGUUCAGUAUUCAUUUUUAAAGAAAAAUGGUUUUACUGUUGAUUUUUCUAUUUUCACAUAGUGCUUUAUUUGCUUAAAAAGCAAAAAAACCCCAACAAAACCCAAAUCUUGAAGCUACCUCCAGA